UCUCUGGUUCCAGUCCCUGUGGGGUACCGGCUCUGUGGGGAUAAUAAAGCCCCCGGAUUCCCCUCUGUGCCCGGCACUCCCUGUGUCUCUGCAUUAGGAGCUGCCCCCAGGAGAGGAAACCAGAGCAUCUGUUAGCAUUUAUUGUGGGGUGCCCCCUUGCUGGGGCCCAGCCCUGAGUCACCCCUGUCCUGCACAGUGCCCCCAGCACCAGCAGUGACUGCGAGGGCAGAGUGCCCCGCCCCAUUCCCUGCACCCCACGGUUUUAGCUGUGGAAGUGCUUUGCUCGCUGCUGGAGUCAGCCUCUGCUCUUGUGUGCACAUGCUGUCCCGUCCUGUCUGAGCCCCUGGGUGCUCUCCUGCCCCGCACGCUCCCUGCAGCACCCUGCCCCGGUGCAAGGGCACAUUCCCGUGGGUGCCUUCGACCCUGCACCUAGCGGGGGGGAGAGGCUCAGCCCAGGCUGCCGGGGCAGGGGUGUGAAAUAUUCCCAGCUCCUGCCAAUGGAAACAGCUGGAGCCCCGGGAAGAUGGAAGGGCUGGGCGCUGGCUGGGCCAGGCACGUCUGCUGAGCCCCCCACCCCUGGAAGUGACCCUUUGAGUGCACUGCCUCUGGGGAAGGGUCCUGGCUAACAAAGGGCUGAUCGCAGGCACAGGACCCCCUUACUUCCCUCUGCAGGACACUGGUUCCAGCCUGCCCAGUCUCCCUGGCUCGGGCAGGAACAGGGCGUGCCAGGCAUGAGCCUUUGCUCAGGGGGUGGGCACAACUGGGCUGCGUCCCGGGCUGGGCACCCAUCUGCCCUGAGAGCCAGGAGGCCCACGGUCAAGCAAUGAAAAGCCGGCCGCCAGGACUCCUAGGUUCCCUCCCCAGCUCUGGGAGGGCACGGGGGCUGGAUGGGGAUCAGGACUCCUGGGUUCUGCACUCACUGUCUCCUCGUGCCAGCCCCUCGCCCUGUGGCCUUGCCAGGCCGCUUGUGGUUUUGCUGGGAAGGGGGGUGGCCACCACAGCAGGAAGUGUCCCCACACUCUCCCGCCCCCAGGGCCUCACACAUCCUCCCCACCACCCCCUCGCAGUCCUCUGUGGCUGCGAGCGGCGGGCUCUGUGCAGCGAUAAGCCCGUGGAGGGGAAGCUGCUCACCGUGGGGCUGAGCACAGCCACUCGUGACACUGGUGUCAGCCAGGAACUUCCCCUCCUCGCUUGCCAGCCCUCACACGGAGCCUCCCUGGUCCUGCUCCGCUGCACUGAACCAGCGUGAGGCGAGGAGGGGGCUGCUGGGCCCCCAGCCCCUCACUGGCAGCAACACAAGGGAGCCGGGAUGGACGACAUCUUCACGCAGUGCCGGGAGGGCAACGCCGUGGCUGUGCGCCUCUGGCUGGACAACACUGAGAACGACCUCAACCAGGGGGACGACCACGGAUUCAGCCCCCUGCACUGGGCCUGCCGUGAGGGCCGCUCCACCGUGGUGGACAUGCUCAUCAUGCGGGGGGCCCGUAUCAACGUCAUGAACCGCGGCGACGACACCCCGCUGCAUCUGGCGGCCAGCCACGGGCACCGGGACAUUGUGCAGAAGCUGAUACAGUUCAAGGCAGACAUCAAUGCAGUGAACGAGCAUGGGAACACGCCGCUGCACUACGCCUGCUUCUGGGGGCACGACCAGGUGGCCGAGGACCUGGUGAGCAACGGGGCCCUCAUCAGCAUCUCCAACAAAUAUGGCGAGAUGCCUGUGGACAAGGCCAAGGUACCACUGCGCGAACUGCUGAAAGAGCGUGCAGAGAAGCUGGGCCAGAGCCUGACCAAGAUCCCCUACAAGGACACCUUCUGGAAGGGCACCACCCGCACGCGGCCCCGAAACGGGACCCUGAACAAACUGGCCGGCAUAGACUUCAAGCAGCUGAGCCUGGGCCACAAACUCAACGAGAACCAGUCAGGAGAGCUGUGGAAGGGGCGCUGGCAGGGCAACGACAUCGUUAUCAAAGUGAUGAAAAUUCGGGACUGGACAACGCGGAAAAGCCGAGACUUCAACGAGGAGCAUCCCAAGCUCCGGAUCUUCUCACACCCCAAUGUUCUGCCAGUGCUGGGGGCCUGCCAGUCGCCCCCCGCCCCGCACCCCAUCAUCAUCACGCACUGGAUGCCCUACGGCUCCCUCUACAACGUCUUACACGAGGGGACGAACUUUGUGGUGGAUCAGAUGCAAGCAGUGAAGUUUGCCCUGGACAUCGCCCGGGGCAUGGCCUUCCUGCACACACUGGAGCCCCUCAUCCCACGCCACAAUCUCAACAGCCGCAGCAUCAUGAUCGACGAGGACAUGACGGCGCGUAUCAGCAUGGCUGAUGUGAAGUUCUCCUUCCAGUGCCCAGGCAGGAUGUAUGCCCCAGCCUGGGUGGCACCUGAGGCACUGCAGAAGAAGCCAGAGGAAAUCAACCGGCGCUCGGCCGACAUGUGGAGCUUUGCGGUGCUGCUGUGGGAGCUGGUGACACGCGAGGUGCCCUUCGCAGACCUGUCCAACAUGGAGAUCGGCAUGAAGGUGGCACUGGAGGGGCUACGCCCAACCAUCCCGCCUGGCAUCUCCCCACACAUCUGCAAGCUGAUGAAGAUCUGUAUGAAUGAGGACCCUGCGAAACGGCCCAAGUUCGACAUGAUCGUCCCCAUCCUGGAGAAGAUGCAGGAGAAAUAGGGGCCAGCCCCCCUGCUGCUUGCUGCUGCCAAGCUGCCCCCGCCCCCUCCAAGUGCCUUCAGGAGGUGCCCCGCCCUUCCCAGCAGGCGGUGCUGGUGCUUUCCCAGACCCCGCAACCUGAGCCGGCCACAGACACAUGGUACGGAUGGUGCUGUCUCCCCUGGAGCCGCCCUGCAAGCUUCCUGCUCCAGCCACCAACCCUGAGGCUCCCAGGACCCACUGCAUAGCAGCCACCUCCAUCCUCCCCCAAGCUGUGGGUACAGGCUGGCGGCCCUGGGGCCUGGCCUGAGCCAGCACCUGCUAGGGGGUGAGGGUGGCUACUAGUCACAGGGCUAGGGUCAGGCCUCUGAGCCACCCAGCACCUUAUACCUCUCCUCACUCUCACGGGCACAGAACGACACCCCACCCCUCUUUAUAUUAUAUAUAAAUUACCCUCAUCCCAGUGCCCUCCCCGCAGGACAGGGCCUCACUUGUCUGCCUGCCCCUAGUGCUGCUCUGGCUUUGUGCUUCACCUUUUUAAGUAAUUUCCAGCCAGGCCACAUGGAAGAGCUGCCAGCAUCUGAAAUAAACAUUUGUUAUGAAAA